GGUCACUUCCUUCUGAACCGUUGAGCCGUCAACACGUACGCCGGAGCAUCGUAUCGUUGCUGUGUACCUGCAGGAACAUUUUACAUUAUUUUUUUAUUCCUACCUGUUUUUCAAUCAGCACUUUUCUGUACUAGAAUUAUUUCCAUUUUCUUUUAUUCAUAUUUUUUUCUUUUCUUUCCAGCAUGGGGAGUCAUCGGCCGGCUCAAGAGCCGGAAGAAAACGAAUUGCCGAAUCUUAUUCAGAAGUGAUCUGUCGGCAACUCCGAUUCUCUACCUCCCCGUGGUGCUAGCUGGGGCGCGAGCAACCUUAGCGGAGAUCGGGUACCUAACCCCGGUGGAUGCUUUGGUCGCAUGCAGACUGAGUCAGGGGGCUUCGUACGCGUCUGUUCUCCAUGUCAGGGGCGGCGUGCUGAGUGCAACAACGUCCUGGUGGUUUUCGGGACUCUAAACAGCAACAUCACGACGGUCCUCCUGCGAGAUAGUGAGGUUAGCUGCGGGCCUUGCGAGCCUGUGACUACAAAAAACAUAAGCAACGAACAACAAAUAUCGGAUGGAAAUCGGCAAAGACCCACGCGACGAAAAGGAACUAGCGAUUGGAAACUUGGAACAUGGAACUGCCGAUCUCUAAAUUUUGUGGGCGGUACCCACGUGCUCUCCAACGAAUUGAAGAGCCGCAAAUUCGACAUCGUAGCGCUGCAGGAGGUAUGCUGGAAGGGCUCCACGGUACGAACGUACCCAGAUGGUCGAGCCAUCUACCAGAGCUGCGGCAACACACACGAGCUUGGAACAGCUUUUAUAGUGAUGGGAAAGAUGCAAAAGCGCGUGAUCGGGUGGUGGCCGAUCAACUCACGAAUGUGCCGGUUGAGAAUCAAGGGCCGGUUCUUCAACAUCAGUAUCAUCAACGUGCACAGCCCUCACCUCGGAAGUACCGGUGACGACAAAGACGAAUUUUACGCGCAGCUGGAGCGUGAAUACGACCGUUGCCCAAAACAUGAUAUCAAGAUCGUCAUCGGGGAUUUCAAUGCUCAGGUCGGCCAGGAGGAGGAAUUCAAACCGACAAUUGGAAGGUUCAGUGUGCACCAGCUGACCAACGAAAACGGCCUCAGACUUAUCGACUUCACCGCCUCCAAACGAAUGGCCGUACGUAGUACCUUUUUCCAGCACCGCCUCCCACACAAGUACACCUGGAGAUCACCGUACCAAACUCAAUCACAGAUCGGUCACGUUUUGAUUGACAGCCGGCACUUCUCGGACAUCAUCGACGUCAGAUCCUGUCGAGGCGCCAACAUCGAGUAUGACCACUAUCUGGUGAUGGUGAAGAUGCGCCCAAAACUCUCCGUAGUGAACAACACACGCAACCGGCGCCCGCCUCGGUUAAAUAUCGCGCGACUUAAGCAAUCUGAGGUCGCGGCAGACUACGCGCAAUCGGUCGAAGCAGCGCUGCCGGCAGAGGGCGAGCUUGAUGAAGCCCCUCUCGAGGACUGUUGGGAUACCAUCAAGACAGCCAUCAACAGUGCUGUGGAAAACGUCAUCGGUUAUGUGGAGCGAACUCGACGGAACGACUGGUUCGACGAGCAGUGUAGGAGGGUGAUGGACGAAGAGAAUGCCGCGCGGGUGGCAGUAGUGCAAAGAGGCACCCGUCGAAAUGUGGAAAAUCACCGACAGCGGAAGAGGUAGCGAGUCCGACUUUUCCAGGAGAA